AUGUCCACUCCUUCAUCAACUACGAAGAACGAACGAAGACAACUCGAUCCAGAGACCAUUACAAGGCUUCGGACGGUGUACAAGACAAUCAAAACUAUAGAAACAGUACUGAUCAGCUCACCAGUCACUUUGGAUGAUGUAUCUGAUCGACGCCAGUUUGUACUAGCUUGCGAAGAGCUCAUAUGCACCGAUUAUGAGCUAGCAUGCAAGUAUGAGAUCGAAGCUAAACUAUGGAAGACCGGAGUCUAUCCACUGGUCGAAGCAUUUCGCAACAUGGCUCAACAAUCAUCAUCGGAUCGAAUGGUCUUUGAUGAGUUUACGUGUCAAGCAAGACGAGUUUAUCAGAAUAUAGUACAGUGCUUAAAAGCAUUACGGCCUACAGGUGGUGCUAAUACUACAGAGCCACUCGAAUGGUACAAGGGCUUAGGCUGGUUGGGAGAUCUAGCUAGGUACAGAGCAAUGUAUUUAUACAGAUCACGGCCCUCUUCUGCUGGAGCUUCAGAUCCGAAUUCCGAGUCUAGUAGUGCCAUUACGAUGAAGCAACAAGGAGAGUGGAUGGAAGCCAAACACAUGUACGAUAAUGCUGCCCUCUUAUCACCAAAUAAUGGCUUGUAUCAUCACCAGAUGGGCCUUGUAUCUGUGCAAAUGGAUCUAAUGGUCCCGGCUUUGUAUUAUUACAUGAGGUCGCUGACUGUAAAGUCACCAUAUGUAGCUACCAAGGAUAGUCUCAUCUCACUCUUCCAAAUUGCUGAGAAGAGACGUAAAGCAGCAGCAUCUAUAAAUCCUGAUGGUAAAAAGGAGGCUAGUGGUAGCAGUAAUAGUACGAGUAAUGGUAGAUCUGCUGGUAAAAGUAGCAAUAGUAAAGAAUCCAAGGCAUCAAACAGGAAGAAGCCACCGAAACGAACAAGACCACCUAGCCCAGCAGAGAUGGAUGGCUUGUUUAUACGACUACACGAAAUCCUACAUACAAGAAUCAGUCUUGAUUUGUUUGACGAGUGUAAAUCAGAACUCGUUGAUGCCUUACGUGGUCAGUUAGAACGUAAAUCUUCACCACUAGAUGGUCGCUGGUGGUUGCAAGUAGCCAUUUGUAAUAUUGCUCGAGUUUGGUUGUUGGGAACACCGCCUCAUGAUAAUAAUGUGUCGAUUCAAGUAGCAUCAGGUCAUUCAGUGGCCUUGUUAUUAGAAGUAGCACUAGUAAUAUUAGCUCACAUGUUAUCAGAUGCGGAGAAGGAGGCGACGCCGACAGUAUCGGAUAGUAAAAGGUUUGAUUCGUCAUCCACCAUAUAUCUAGAAUUGUUGCUUGUCUUUCUUGUCAACUUGAAUGCUGAAUGGAGAUGCAACGUAAGGCCUAGCAUACGGUUCUGGAAAUCCCUAGCCCAGCUCGGCAACACUAUAUCUGUAAAUUUAUCAGCACUACCAUCUAGUAAUAUCAUACCGAGUCUGGCUUACGAUUGGGAAAUGAGAGGAUUCACUCCAUUCCGAGCCACGACCCAUUCGACUAAACGGUUUGAAAUGUGGCUAGUAGAUCACAGUAUCUCUUUUGAUCAAGUUGUAGAAGAUUUGAUGACUGAAGGUAGAGCUUUUGACACCCCAGUGAUAGUAGACAAUCAGACAUCCAUAACCCACAUGAACAAAGACAUUAGCAGUAACAAUCACGGCAAUAAGACUACAUCCAAUGACAAUCAAGCAGAAGUAGAUCAGACACCAUCCAACGUUAGUCAAACGCCAGCAGUAGAGCAAACAUCUAGUAACAGCAUCAAUCCUCAAGUAACAUCACAACAGCAAGGCAUCGGUAAAGAAGGCCGUAUUCUAUGGCUGAUGGUUCAGCUAUCCAAGAAUUGGUCUGAAGCGUUUAGUUUGGUUGAUGAUCAAUUUAGUUAUACUGGUCCUGAAGAAGACCAGCUUGAUACUAGUGUUGGCCGUAAAGCUAGAAGCUCGGACGAAGAGAACGAGUCUCAAGACGAUGAAGAUAGUGAUAGGGUCAUGAGAAAUAGCACUCGUCCAGUGAAGGCCAAUCCUAUGCGCAUCAAGAAGGGAGUGACGACAUUGGUAUUCGAUACAAACUGUUGGCUGGCGGAUUUAGCGUGGAUUCAGAUUUUGGUAGCUGAUUCAUGGCAGAUCGUCGUACCACUAGCUGUGAUUACUGAAUUAGAUGGUCUCGCUACUGGUAAAGAUCGACAAAAUAACUCGGGAGCAGCAGCAGCCGCCUUCACAUACCUCGAUUCCUACUUCAACGCACAAACAUCGAGAAGAAACAUAAAAAUCAUGACGAGCAGAGGAAACUAUCUCCCGGACCUGAGUAUUAGAAUGGAAUCAUGGGCUGGUGAUGAAAGAGAGUUGAAUUCCAUGGAUGAUGUUAUUUUGUACACGUGUCGUCAAUUGCUGUCGUUGAAGAGUGGAGGCAGUGGGACUACGAGUCAUACUGGUGUACUAUUGGUGACAAACGAUGGUAAUUUGAGGCUGAAAUCGCGGGCCUCUAAUCUGGAAGCACUCCGAAUGGCUGAAGCAAAAAAAGCCAUCAAGACCUAG